AUGCAAUUAGCGUUUCUAGACAUUGAAGCCGCGUUCGACUCUCCUUAUCGAGACCGUCUUCUCAACGCACUCCGCGCCAAUGGAGUACCAGGAAAGUUCGUUCAUUUGCUUGAUGACAUGAAUCAACGAACAACAGCUGCAGUUCGAACACCAGCGGGAUGUGCAACACCGUUUGAGGUGGUAACUGGAGUAAGACAAGGGAGAGUGGCAGGACCCUUCUUGGUCAAUUUCGCAAUCGACGACAUCAUGCGAAGAACAGUAGAUCAGUGUCCUGCCGAUAUCAUUCUAGCACUAUCAGGACGCCCCUUGAUCGAUCUCGAGUACGCUGACGAUGUUGUUACAUUUGCGGAAAGCAGUACAAAAUUUCAAGAUGUUGUCAACCUCGUAUCGAAGCUGGCUGCAGCCUAUGGACCACUUCUACACUCUGAUGGACUGCGACUCCGCCCUGAUAAAUAA